AUGGCGAAUUUCGAUAUAGAUGAAUCACUUCCGACUAGAGACUCCCACUUGCACGAAGUUAUGACUUCUCAAGGAGAAAUUAAUUUAAUAAAGACUUUUGGGGCUGAAGAUGUUCACGGCUCUGAAGAUAGCAAGGAAUUUGUGGCUGAGAACAACGAUGGAGAGCAAAAACCGGCUGUUCACAGAACUUUGGAAAAUGGGACAAACACUUCAGAUUCAACAGAUAGAACUGAAGUGAGCGAAAAGAGCAGUGAGAAUAUGAAUGAAUUAAGAACGAUACAUCAAAGCGCUUCAGAAACACCGAAUCUCGAUUCAUUGGAACCUGGAGAACAGGAAAAAGUGCUUGAUAAUAAUGUUGAAAAGAAAGAGAACUCUCCAAAUGAAACAAAUCAAGCAGAAGCUGAGGUUUCACUAUCCCCAGCUGAAACUAACAGCAGCUCCAAGAGUAUUCAGGAAACUUCAACUGCUGAUCAUGAAAGUGGCAGUCACAGGUCUCCAAAUAGGGAGAGUAAGGCUGAGUAUAGGAAGAUCAAAAGUGAAGUGACAGGAGAAGCAGAAACGUCCGAAAGCGAAGGAGAAGAAAAGGAUAUAAAGACUAAUGAUCAAACGGAAGAUACUUGGAUGGAUAUACUGGGCAAUGGGCUGCUUAAGAAAAGGGUGUUGCGUGAAGGGAAGGGUCAGGAUACACGACCAGACAAAGGGCAACGAGUUAUGAUACAGUCAGCUGGACGUACAGAGGAUGGGACAGCUGUUGACUGGAAUAGCAAUUUGGAAUUCAUUCUUGGAGAAGGAGAUGUUAUCCAAGCCUUUGACAUAGGAAUAUCCCUGAUGGAGUUGGAUGAGGUGUGUGAACUUGUUACAGAUGCAAGAUAUGCUUAUGGAAAAGCAGGAAAGCCUGAUGCAAAACCUCCUAUCCCUCCUGAUGCUAAAAUUACAUAUGAAAUACAACUGUUGUCAGUCCGAGAUGGUCCUAAUAUUAAUAACAUGAGUGAUGAAGAGAGAAUCUCCAUUGGGGAGAAAAAGAGAGAAAUGGGAAAUGAUUUGUACACUGGAGGUGACUAUGCUGGGGCAAUCAACAGUUAUCAAAGAGCCAUAAAAUAUUUAGGAUCAUCUACAUCUGAGGAAGUACAAAACUUGAGAAUGAAAUGUUGGAAUAACAUGGCUGCUGCCCAGCUUAAGAUAAAGGCGUACUCUGCGGCAGAGAAAUCUUGUUCUCAGGUAUUACAAGUUGAUCCUGACAAUGUAAAGGCUCUCUUCAGGAAAGGGAAGGUUUUAGCAGCCAGUGGAGAUACAGGCCAAGCCAUAGGGUUUAUUAAGAAAGCAGAUCAGCUGGAUCCAAGUAAUUCAACAAUAAGAAAAGAACUCAAUCGACUGCGACAACUACUGGCUUCGGAAAAAGAAAGCGAAAGAACUAUGUAUCGACGAAUGGUAGGAGACCUAACCAGAAGAGGUAGUAAGAAAAAUAACCGGUCGUUUCUCGGAUGGCCGCUCGUGUUCGGAGCCACGGUUGUUGCUCUUGGAGGAAUUCUUAUGGCUAUUUACCUAACCAAGCAUUGAGGGAUUGCGUUACAAGUCUUCAAAUAUUAUGUUUUAAGUUUAAUUGUUGUCAGUUGAGUCAAAUGGGGUAGUAAGUAGUCGGCCAUGUUUUGAGUCCCGCUGCUUUUACACCGUCAGUAGAUUUGGAGGCGCCAUAUGUUUGUCAAUCCCCUUGAGACGUGUCACCAUGUUAUGUAACGUAAGAUACAGCUAUGGAUGAAAUUAGUUAUCCCCAGAUUCUGCGUACGACUUAAAGGUGUGACGUCAUCAGAGUCCAGGUUAUUUCCGGAAGAGAAAACUCCGCUUAAAUUGACUAAAACCCUAAAAUUAAGAAUCGCAAAGAAAAAUGAACAUCGCCGAGUGGAAAGUAUACCAAAAAGGAACAAGAGCGAGGGAGGUUUGAAAAGAUAAGCACGGAUUGGAACUAAUGAUUUUUUAAAGAUACGUAAGACUUGACUUAGCUCCUUGAAUUACUUUGUACGCUUCCCCAGAAACCUGCAGUUAUGUUGUAGUUUUGAGAAGAUUAAUCCUUUAACUCCUAAGAUCUGAAUGUUAACUCUCUCCCGUAGCUGCUACACAUUUCCUUGUAAAUUAGUUAUUAGAACUACUACCUGAUUAGAUUUAGUAUUCUCAUUACCUAUUGUUGGGUAAUGCUUGAAUAAUGUAGGGAGACGUUACUUGUUGAUCACUUUUGGGAGUUAAAGAGUUAAUGCAAAAGUCGUGGACUCCAUGAUUGUGGCUGAUAAAUUGAUGUCACCAUUGAACAAGGCAGAUUAUGAAUGCGUGUCUCCCUGUGAGCGUGUGACUUUGUUAAAACAUGUUAAAAAAUAAAAUGAUU